AUGGCCUCUGGUGUGCCUCUCCCCUUCUCUCUCCGUCCAAAACAAGAGGUCCAGGCAGAGCGAGAGGCAAAGGAGCAGGAACAGCAUGCAAAGGAGCAGAACCGCAGGGACACAAUCCAGAAAACAGCUGAAGUUGAAUUGGUGACUCUCCAAGCCCAUGAAGAGAAGCUCAGAAACGCUCACAACCCCCCUCCAGUGGCCAUCAACCAAGUUCUAUGCCCCCGCACGUCAAACAACAACAGCGGUGCCCCAAACUCAGACAAAGUUGUUGAGGAGGUUCAAGAUCUGUUGAGUGACAGCAGCGAGGAGUACAAAUUGCCAGAGAAGCCUGCUGAAUUGUUAGAGAGCACCAACUCUGGAGAGGACAAGCUCCUCGAUCCAUCUGACGGUGAGAUCCAGACAACCAAGAAAUGCAGUAAACGAGCAGAGAAGGGAGAUCUGAGAGCAGCAGUUCAGAAAGAAGGUAAUCAGCGGAUGGUGGUUCAAGAAGAAGGGUUGGGAAAGUGCAAGGCUCCCGAGAAGGAACCAUCCUCUGCUGGCUCUGCGAUGUCAGUUUCGAGCCGCAGUUUACCACCAACUCGACCAGAAUCUGAAGAUGAGCUUGGUGGUCUGAGCAACAAUGAAGGUGGUGGUGACGAACGUCGGGCAAUUGAAGCCAAUGGUAAAGGAAUAAAACUGGCCUACUAUGCAGGCGGUUCAAUGAAGAAGAUGCAGCAGGUUCACUCACUUGCCAAAAUCAUUCCCACCAUGUCCAUUCCCACCUUUGCGCUGCCAGCUAAAGACCUUCCUCAGGCAAAGGAACAAAUCAGGAUGGCGCACCUGCCUGCUCAACUCAUGGUUCCCUUUGAGGAGAUUCUUGUGCCUCGCCUUCAUGUGAUCUUCGGAGUAACAGCCUCCUGGGAGUCACCAUCGAACAAUGAGAUCCAGAAGGCAUGGAAAGCAUCUUUCCCACAAGAGAAGCCUCUUGAGUUCCAUACUCCCUUGGGAGUCAUUGUCAAGAAGCUGGUCCUUGAUCGUCUCUCGAGUUGGAAGAGCCUAAUUGGCAAUGCGGGAAUCCUGGCCCUCCAGAAUGAAGGAGACUGGAUUGAGGUUCGACAAGAAUGGUGCACAUGGGCUGUUUCACGCUCCGAAGAGGACCACCCAUUCUAUUUUGCUGGAGUUGUCGAGGACGAGGAGGGAAAUGUCAUGUCUCAAACGGGGAUCUUUCAAUCAACGAUUAUCGCCACCGUCCUCGGGGUGCAUAUUAAUAGCAUCAAUCCAUUUCCCAUCGAUGUGAAGGCUGACCGACCUGUCAGUGCACUCGUCCUGGCGAUUCAAUCCGCCAAGCGUGCAAUCUUGUUCCACUCAACAGGUGUUGAAGUGCGGCCACGCCGUUCAGCGAGCGACUUCUUGAAGGCCAACUGGGGGGAUCAUGUCAAGUAUGACAUUCAUGGGAAAGCAUGCCCAGUAUACCCCACAUCUACCCUCGUCGAUCUUGUCAAUCAAUUGAAGCUGAAACAGUGGGAGAAGAUCCUGACCACCGCCGUUGAUGCCUUGAAGGUCAGUUUGGCUGUUGAGAACUCAAGCAGUAGUACUACGAGCGCGUCGCCGGUGCCUGCAACUACCAACAGACCCAAGCCACAGCUGAGGGAUGAUGACGCCAACAUCGAGUAG